AUGAAAGUAAAUGUUGCUCUUGGGAUGGCCACCCUUCAGUCGUCAACAUUUAACAAUACUAACUUGGGUGUGUCAGGUGUGUCAGAGAAAGCAGUGGAUGGUAAUUCUAAUACAGAGUUUAGAAAUGGAAGCUGUACACUUACUCGACAAGACAAUCCAAGCUGGUGGAGAGUUGACCUGGGCUCAGAUAAGGUGGCAGUCUCUGACAUAUCCAUAGUCAACAGAUUUUCAACAUUAACUGAUGUGUUGGCCCGAAAUAAAAACUACAAAAUUACAUUGGCUUGCCAAAUGCAGGCCAUUGGUGCUGCUAGCCCUGACACACUCCCUGAUGCCAGCUUCUCAGCAUCAAGUGAAGAUAGCAGUUUUCAAGCUUUUAAAGGUCGACUAAAUGCAAAUAGGGCAUGGAGACCCAGGACAAAUGACAUACCUGGUGAUUAUCUGCAAAUUGAUCUGCAGUAUGAGUUUCUUAUUUGUGCUGUAGCUACUCAAGGGAUGUCAACUUCUGAUGAUUGGACAACAGAGUAUAAGUUACAGCUAUCCUCUGAUGGUUCCACUUUUGUGACCUUCAAGAAAAACAAUGUUGACAAGGUUGGCCGAGUUCCCUCACAAGCACCCAGUAACUUGACUUUAUCUGCAAGCUCCUCUACAAGUAUUACAGCAUCCUGGCAGUUACCUCCCGUAUAUUCCAGACAUGGAAUCAUUGUAGGAUACAAAUUGUUCUACAAAAAGAAAGGGUUCAUGGGGUCAAUGUCUGUUGUAACUAUCAAUGAUGGAACAACUUUUUCAGGAGUUAUUACUGGUCUGGAUAAGUACACGGAAUAUGAAUUUCAAGUGUUGGCUUUUACGUCUCAUGGUGAUGGACCAAAAAGUUCUGUUGUGGUGGAGAGAACAAUGGAAGACGAACCUAGGGGUGGCCCAGCUGAUGUGGUAUCUGCUGAGGUCAACAAGACCACCUUUAACAUUUCAUGGGCACCUCUAUCAAGAGAACAGACCAAUGGCGACAUCAUUCUGUAUAACGUCAAAGAAGAAUUGAUGUCUCGGGGAACAAGCCAGAAAAGAUCUUUGAGUAGCAAAACAGUUAAUACAACAAACACAUUCAUUUUAUUGAAUGGAUUACUGCUUUGUUCGCAAUACCAAGUGUCUGUUCGAGCUUAUACCAAAGUGAAGUAUCUGGGAACAAAGCCUUACAAUGAGAGUUUUCGAGAGGAAGGUUUUCAAGAUGUGGGCAGUUCCACUUCCUACACUAUGAAAGGUUUAGUUCCAGGUUCUAUCUACGAGUUUCAGAUUAUUGUAAGCUCUGUAUGUGGACUCGGAGUACCUAAAGGAUUUCCUGAUAGGGUGGAAACAGAGAUGACAGCUCCAAUGGCACCAUUUCUAAUUCAGUGGACCAAUGUGGAAGUCUUCGAGUUAUCGGUCGAAAUCGAUCUCUGGCCUGUAGAACAAAGAAAUGGCCCAAUAAGUGCUUAUCAGGUGAUUGUUCGGAAAGUCUGUGAUUGUUAUCAAGAGCCUCCUCGAGACUUUGAUUUGAAGCUGAAAGAUUUGAAGAGAAACAACGAUACAUUUUAUCCAUUUUACGUUGCUGCGGAGAUUAAAAAUAAUCCUGUGCACGAUAAGUCUUGGAAAUUUACGGUUGGUGACGGCAAGUCAUAUGGAGCCUUUGUUAACAAAGAACUGACAAGAGGAGAAAGCUACAUUGUCUAUCAAAGAGCCCUAACCAUUCACAACAGUCAAAUUUUAGAGGGAGAGGUCAGCAAAAUCGCCAUGAUUUCUGUUAAACCAGGUAAGCGAUUCAAUUGUCACUUGAUACUCAAAAGCCUUUCCUUUAAAAAACGAAAAUAA